CUGCCUUGUGUGCUUCAAAGAGGGGCUGUGAACAGUUCCGACUCCACUCUGAUCAGCUACUGUAUUGUUAGGUGACUUCAUUUAUGAAUUAAUUAAGAAAUUUAUGGUCAUUACAACCUCAUUCAAAAUAUUGCUUCUCUUAUCUGACAAAUGUUGAUAUACAAUAUUAAUUUACAUUCUUUUUACUUUGUGGUUUAAAACCUCCUUCUGUUACCUAGCAACACUAUAAACAAACCCCUUUGUUUAUUUCAGUUGAUUUUAACUUAUUUUCAAGAAAAUAUAUGCUUGAACUUUUGCUGGAUCAUAUUUUUGAUAGGCUCCGUGAUCGUUUGGAGCAUGUUCUUGAACGUAUGCCCCUGGAUCUGGAUUUUCUAGACUUUAUCUGCACUCAAGAACUAGUUUUUUUAAAUGCCAUGUCUUGUCAGAUAGAUGUUCCUUCAAUUAUUUUGGAUGCGCUGGCUCAUUUGCACGGACUAAUUAAUUUAGAAAAACAAAGUGAAGAACAACAAACAACUGUUGUGCAUAUGGAGCAAGGACCAGCUGGGCGACAACGGAUGGUCAUAUCCUCAGACUACCUUUGCAGUCUUUUAGAACUCAAUCUCCCUGUCCCAUGCAUCGCCAAACUCUUGGGUGUAUCCAGACGGACUGUAUAUCGACGGAUGGCAGAGUCUGGUCUUUCAGUGAGGGCAUUAUACACCACCAUGUCAGAUGAUGACUUAGACCAAUGUGUGAGAGACAUUAAAUCCAGGCAGCCUCACUCUGGGUACCGAAUGGUAAAGGCCCUUCUGCAAGCCAGAGGACUGAGGGUGCAGUAUGAUAGAGUCAGAGCAUCCAUGCAUCGUGUAGACACCAUUGGAAUGGCAUCACGUAUGGUCCAGCUAGGAUGCAUAGCUCGACGGACGUACUCAGUUCCUGGCCCUCAGUCUUUGAUGCACAUUGAUACCAACCACAAAUUAAUACGGUACAACAUUGUUAUCUUUGGUGGCAUUGAUGGUUUUUCUCGAAAGAUAAUGUAUCUUGGUACAGCUCCCAACAACCGGGCAUCUACCACACUGGCUUUCUUUCAGGGCUCAGUGGAGGAGUUUGGUUUCCCCCUCAGGGUACGUGCUGAUCAAGGGGUGGAAAAUGUGGACGUGGCACGACUUAUGUUUAUGAUUCGUGGAACAGGAAGAAGCAGUUUCAUAUCUGGGAAGAGUGUGCACAAUCAAAGGAUUGAGCGACUGUGGAGAGAUCUGUGGACGGCUGUAACGUGCAUCUACUAUGAUGUGCUGCACUACCUAGAAGAGGGAUACCUGGACAUUUCAAAUGAAGCACACCUCUUCUGUUGCCAUUAUGUCUUCCUGUCACGUCUGCAGGAAGAUUUGGAUACUUUCCGCAGUGGCUGGGACAAUCACCCACUUCGAACGGAAAGCAACAUGACACCUAACCAGCUCUGGGUUCUUGGUCGUACACAUAAUCCAAUUCCUGAACCCCAUGGUGCCUUGACAGAGGGUGUACAGAUUCCCGAAAACGAAUGGGAGGACAGCGGGCUUCCUCUUCACGAGGAGUCAAAUGUCACAGUACCAAACUCUAAUUUGCCACUGACUGACGAACAAAUGGCAGCCUUAAGAAAUGCAGUAAACCCGAAAGCCACAUCACUGUCUUUUGGAUGUGACAUUUAUAUUGCUGCAGUUCAGUUUUGUGAGCAGUUUUUUACUGUGUGAAAGUUAUCUUACGGGAAAAACACAUCACGGUUAUGAUUAGUUACUUAUAUACAAUCAUAUGUUAAAUAUGGUAAGCAUAAUUUUCACAGAAUUUAACUUGUACAUAAUUGAAAAAAAUGACAUAAAAAAUAAAUGCAAAGCAUGAUUUAUUUUUUGAAGAAUACUUAACAGGAUCUAGUUUUGUCUUUUUGCCACUAUCUUGGCUUCUGUUGAUUUUGGUUGCUCGGUUAUAAACAGCCCUUUGCCGUUAUUCAGCUAUUGUACUGUUCAAUAAAAAUCUGAAAAUAAAAUGUUCAGCAAAUACAUCUGAGCCUCCGUUAUAAUCGCCUUUUAGCCAUUUCCUGAAUCAGAAGCUACAAUCGUAGGCCAACUUCAGCUUCGAUCCAGAGACUUAGGAUCGCCACCACAGCUACAGGAUCAGACUGACGUCUCCUUCUGUGCAGUCCUGUUGAGGUUAGGAUCCUGCUCAGUGUGCACGCUAUUAAUCGCUUCCGUACCAGUUUAAAAAUUCACCAUUUAUGAAAUGUAAAGCAAAAUUCUGAUCAUGUUACCACAGAGGUG